AUGGUAAAAGCUUUGUGGCUUUCCCUUCAGAUUGCUUUCUUCUUCACAGCAUCUGCUGUGGCUAAUUAUCAACUGGAUCAAUCAGCCAUCGUCAUUCAUUCCAACCAGAAAAAUCAGACAGAAAAGAGCUGCUCAUACACAGUGAUCAUCAAAACCAGCUGUUCGUCAGUCUCUCACACCACCGACGAACUCAGUCUUGCAUUCGGCGACGCCUAUGGCAACGAGGUAUAUGUAUCAAGGAUAGACGACCCGAAUACGAGGACGUUCGAGAGAUGUUCGAAAUACGUGUUUGAGAUAAAAGGCCCGUAUUUGGAUGUGAUUUGUUAUGCAGAAUUGCUGAGGUACGGAUCCGACGGCUGGAAACCGGAGAUGAUAACAAUCUACGGUCCUGAUCUUAAGGCCAUUGCAUUCAUCUUCAACACCUUUCUACUCGAAGGGAUGUGGUUUAGGAUGCCUUCUUGUAUCAGUCGUUCUCCUCCUAAUUAUGCAUUCCACAAUUAUGCCCUUUUCUAGCUAUUUAUCUCGUCCGAUGUACAACUUUUUUUUUUUCAUAAUAAAGGUAGAUUACGGAUGGGAUAUCUAACACUGCGACUUCCAAAAGUCGAAAGAAGGUAGCCUGUUAGUAAGCAGCUUGCGCCUAAGACCUAUUUGGUCAUGGGUUCGAGACAUCAGCAGUGAAAUUGGGGAACCAGUAAGAAUUGGGGAAAAAGAAAUCUAAAGAUUCUUGUAAGAAUUUCGAGUAAUUAUUGCAAUAAUACAAGGGGUUCUAUUAAUGGUACAUUUUGUCGGUUCAUCAAUGGCGUUAACCAUUGUCGACAAAA